CUCGCACCUGGCUACAGCUAAACCAGAAAAGAAGACUCCUCGGGCAUAGUUUUUCACUUUUUACCAUCCAGAUUAUCCCGGUUCUCCGAGGUAGACACUCUGCUUGGGCCAAAACAGAGGAAGACGAGAAACGACCUUUUCUCACCUCUGCCAUAAUGAUGUCCAUGAAUAGUAAACAGCCGUUUAGUAUGCAUCCGAUUUUGAACGAACCUAAAUACACACCUCUACAUUCCAGUUCUGAGGCUAUCCGACGAGCAUGUUUGCCCACGCCUGCGCUGCAGGGUAACAUCUUUGCCGGCUUUGACGAGACCCUGCUCCAGAGAGCCGAGGCGCUGGCGGCGGUGGACAUCGUCGCUCAAAAGAGUCACCCGUUCAAGCCAGAUGCCACCUACCACACCAUGUCUACCAUGACAAGCAUGACCUGCACGCCCACGUCCUCUUCUGGGCACCUUCAUCACCCGUCUGUGCUGACUUCUCACCACCAUCAUCCCCACCACCAGCCGACGCAGGGCCUGGAGGGCGACCUGCUCGACCACCUCACCCCCGGCAUCACUAUCGGAGGCAUGCCGGGCUCCGACGUUUGCUCCACCGCUUCUCACCCGCAUUCACACAUGUCAGCACACACAUAUCACCACCCGCAAACUAUGCACAUGCACCCCCACAGCCUGGGCUCGCACACCUCUCUGGGUGGCGGUGGAGACUCCGAGCCUGAUCCACGGGAGCUGGAGUCUUUCGCCGAGCGCUUCAAACAGAGACGGAUCAAACUCGGAGUCACGCAGGCCGACGUGGGCUCUGCGUUAGCCAAUCUUAAAAUACCCGGGGUCGGCUGCCUGAGCCAGAGUACAAUCUGUCGGUUCGAGUCCCUCACUUUGUCCCACAAUAACAUGGUAGCCCUCAAGCCUAUUCUGGAAGCGUGGUUAGAGGAGGCAGAACGGGCUCAGAGAGAGAAAAUGACCAAGCCGGAGAUUUUUAGCGGCGGGGACAAAAAGAGAAAACGCACUUCUAUCGCUGCUCCAGAGAAGCGAUCGCUGGAGGCUUACUUUGCCGUCCAGCCCAGACCCUCGUCGGAGAAAAUCGCUGCCAUUGCCGAGAAACUGGACCUGAAAAAAAACGUGGUCCGCGUGUGGUUUUGUAAUCAAAGGCAAAAGCAGAAACGGAUGAAGUUUUCGGCAACGCACUAGGCCAGAAUAAGGCAUUUCAAUAAACUCAAUCAUCAGACAUACGAGUGAACAGAGCCGACAAAACUCUUCGAGGCUGAGGCGAAACGCUUCCCACACAGGAAUGGGAGCUGGGCGGCAACAUCCCAGAGACAGAAAGUGUACCAAAAGUUUGCCAUGACAAUAUGUCAAGAACAACACGCUCUGGAAGACGGAGGACGAGAGGAAAAUCAACACCAACUAAAGGUUGCAAUUAUUGUACAAAUCGAGAAUUGAAUAAUGAUUAUUCUCUUAACUCAAAACAACUCUUUUAUAUUCAUCUGUACAUAUCUGUGAAUACACUGCACCUCUUUGUGUGAAGAACGCAUCAAAAUUCUUUUUUAAGGAUGAAAAGAAAGAAAGAUAAAAACGCUGUUGUGCAAAAGAUGUCCCAUUCUAGAAACUUUAGUGUUAUUUUAUAUGCUACAGAAGAAAAUCAUGAAGGUUCUGCUGUGAUCCAUUGCAUGGUUUACAAGGCAUUAAGUGUUCAUUUUUCGUUUGAAAUUUCCAUUCAUUUGAAUGUAUUGCAAUAAUAGAGAACACUCACAUGCGAACGCACGUACACACGGGCAUACUUAAUAUACUUUUCUGUGUCUACCUCAUGAUUCCUGACGUCUUGACACAUUCAUGGUCAUUUUGGAAAUAGGGCAUAAAACUAGACUUUUCGUUUUUGACACAUUUU